AUGUUCUUUGAUUUUUUCUACUUUACCUUAUCAUUCAUUUUUUUUCGUUUGUCCGUUCCUGCUUUUGCUGUUUCUUUCUUUUUUUUUUUUCGUUCUGUUGGUUUUUUUCUUUUUGCGUUCGUUCGUUCGUUCGUUCCUUCUUUCUUUUUUCUUUUUUUAAGUUCUUUCUUUAUAUUUAAAAAAUAUUUUCUUUUUUCCUUCUUUCUUUCUUUCUUUCUUUCUUUCUUUCUUUAUUUAGUUCUUUUCUUUCUUUCUUUUUUUGUUCACACCAUACCCAGUUUUCUCAAAUUAAAUCGUUUCUUUUUAAUUUUUUUUUCUAUCUACUUUUACGUUAUUUUGGCAUUUAUUUUUACCUUCACCUUUUUUUCUCUUUCCUUUCUUUCACAACAUUUUUUCUUGUGGGGGGGGAAUACCUUUCUUUUUCUUUUUUUUUUUCCUUUUCACUUAACUGGUGAUAUUAAACACUUAAAGACAAAUUCAAACGCCUUUAUUCUAUCUAUCUAUCUAUCUAUCUAUCUAUCUAUCUAUCUAUCUAUCUAUUACAUUGUUUCUCCUUUCUCAUCCUGA